CGAGAUGGGCACUACCAUACAACGCAGGACUCGAUGCUGUCAGAUAUGGAUCACAUUUAGUUUGUGAAGGUUAUCACACCCAAGGUGCAGGGGACCAUCAACGUCGUCUCUGCCCUAUGCCCCACCAGGUCUUAUCUGGAGUUCUUCAUCAUGCUCUCCUCGUCAGCGGAAGUCAUUGCCAACCGCGGCCAGGCCAAAUAUGCUGCCACCAACACCUUCCUGGAUGCUUUUGCGUGUCAACUGGUGGCCGAGGGUUACCAGGCCACUCCUAUUAGUCUGCGCGGCAUGCUCAGUGUGGGUUAGAUCGCGGAGGGUCAGGCUUAGACUCUCCAUCGCGCUCGCCUACAGGGCCCUCUUGGGAGACUUUCUACUCUCUAUCCUGAAAUAUCGUAUGACUUCUGCCUGGGGGGUGGCACAGAGCACCCAGACCUGCCACACGGAGGUCGGAAUACGAUCCGCGCGGAGCUUUCCGACGCCAGUCCAUCCUUAUGCCUGAGUUCAUGACCCAACCGUUAUUCUCUCCGCGUUGGGCCAUUGCAGGCAGGUCCCAAAUGGCCGGACAAGAGGGUCGAGGCGGCGGUAGACGUCGUGACGCGAGCCAACGUCGAGUAACUGGCGCGUAUUAUGACACUUUCCGUUCAGAAGAUUGAUCCGCAGCGGUCGCUGGGCUCGUACGAGGUGGAUUCCCUGGUGACAGUGGACUUGGAGACCUGGUUCGAACGGGAAGUGGGGGUUUCCAUAGGAUCGGGGGAGCUGUUGGCGGAGCUGGCCAUGACCCAGUUGGCCCGACAGGCUGCGGACGGAUCGCGGUACUUGCCGGCGGAGCUCCGG